ACUUGCUGGGUAUUUUUUAAGCUUCUACUUUGUCUUUUAGCAUAUGGUUCAUAGUGGGGUUUUGGAUCCAAAGGUGGGUCUUUUGUAUUUAUUGAGAAAUCUCUAUUGAAUCUUCUUUACUUUGUUCUUAUCUUCUCCUUUUUGGUUCUUUGUUUAUCUUCUCCUUUUCCUGUCUUUUAGAGAGAGCUAUGAAUCAAUGACUGCAUUUCUUGCUGUGUUUUGAUUGAUUUCUUUUAUCCCUAUUUUUAUUUUGUCUGCACCUUUUAAUCCUGAUGACUCUAAAGGAUUGCCAUUUUUAGUUUUUAGAUGUUGAAGAUGAAAGUAACUAGAAUUGCUGGUGGAUGGAACUUUGAGUCGUCGAUCGAGGAGAAUAAUGGGUUUCUGUAGUCUGAUCUAAGUAGCAAGUUUUCCUUUUUCGGUGGCCUCGAAAUCUGGCGCCAGAGCUUCCCCGGGAAAGUAGAGGGAACUGUUUGGCAACCAAAUGGCCACCGAAGGUGAUUGUUUUCGGCCUUCUCCUAUGCAAAUAGCAAAGACGAGCAAAUUGGCGCCUGUUACACUGAAGACAACACCAAAGGUUGUACAGCAAGUUGCAUCUGAGCAAGUUUGUGUGGACGAUGUAAAAGCAUCGAAAACUUAUAGAUUAGAGUCUGUUGAUUCGUUGACAGAGAAAGUAGAUUCAGGUCUAUCAUUGGGUAAUCGGAAAGAAGUUCCGACUCAUGUUGGUUCUGAAGUGUGUCAGGAUGGUGGAUUACCAGAAGGUUCUGGUAAAGAAGAAACGAAAGCAUUGGAACAUGGAAUUAGUUCAGCUUCGGCUAAAUCGAGUCAUGGGGCCACUGACCUUUUCAAGACUAGUGGAAGUGCCAAAGUUGGUGAUCGUGAUUAUACCGAGAGCGGUAAGAGCAGUAUGUGUAGAGGUAGCACCAGCAGUGAUGUAAGCAAUGAAAGUUCAUAUGUCAGCUUAAGUAGCCGGAUAAACAGACCUAAUAAGACAAACGAUAUUCGGUGGGAAGCCAUACAAGUUGUCCAAGGAAAAGACGGUGUAUUGGGUUUGAACCAUUUCCGAUUAUUGAAGAGAUUAGGCUGUGGGGAUAUUGGAAGUGUCUAUCUUUCGGAACUAAGUGGAACAACGUGUUAUUUUGCAAUGAAGGUGAUGGACAAAGCAUCUUUAGCAAGUCGUAAGAAACUACUUCGAGCUCAAACUGAGCGAGAAAUACUACAAUCCUUGGACCAUCCCUUCCUCCCAACUUUGUAUUCCCAUUUUGAGACUGAUAAAUUUUCAUGUUUGGUGAUGGAGUUUUGCCCUGGUGGUGACUUGCAUACACUACGACAGAGACAACCAGGAAAGCAUUUUACCGAGCAAGCAGUAAAAUUCUACGUAGCGGAAGUUCUCCUCGCUUUGGAAUAUCUCCACAUGCUCGGUAUCGUUUACCGUGAUCUCAAGCCGGAAAAUGUUCUUGUUCGAGAAGAUGGACACAUAAUGCUUUCAGACUUUGAUCUUUCCCUCCGUUGUGCUGUCAGCCCGAUCCUAGUCAAGUCAUCCGCACUAGAGUCUGAACCCUUGCGGAAGAACCCAGUUUAUUGGGUACAACCAGCUUGCAUUGAGCCCUCAUGCAUUCAGCCAGUGUGUGUGACUCCAACGACAUGUUUUUCUCCUCGCUUCUUUUCAUCAAAAUCAAAGAAAGACCGAAAACCGAAGAAUGAAAUGGGAAAACAAGUCAGUCCAUUGCCUGAGCUUAUUGCCGAGCCAACCAAUGCACGGUCCAUGUCGUUUGUAGGGACCCAUGAGUACUUGGCACCCGAAAUUAUCAAAGGUGAGGGACACGGAAGUGCAGUCGAUUGGUGGACCUUCGGGAUAUUCUUGUACGAGCUAUUGUUUGGUAAAACUCCUUUCAAAGGGUCUGGGAACCGAGCAACACUGUUCAAUGUUGUAGGGCAGCCCUUGAGAUUUCCCGAAUCACCGGCCGUAAGUUUUUCAGCCAGAGAUUUGAUAAGGGGCUUGCUAGUCAAAGAGCCACAGCAGAGACUGGCCUAUAAGCGAGGUGCAACGGAGAUUAAACAACAUCCUUUCUUCGAAGGCGUGAACUGGGCUUUAAUCCGUUGUGCGAGUCCACCGGAGAUUCCAAAACCGGCUGAGAUCGAGCGGUUUUCCGCCCCAACAUCAUCGGCUGGCAAUAAACCUGCUGUUCCUGCUACCAAGGACCAAAAUAACUAUCUGGAAUUUGAUUUCUUUUAAUCGUUCUCACUUCUCAGAACCAUUUUCCUUCUGUUUCUGUUUCUGUUUUGUUUUGUUCGUCUGUUUUUUCAUUUCAGAAAUGUAGAAUUCAUGAAAUGUUGAUGUUAUGCAAAGGGGUCAGCCAUUGAAAGCGUCUCGAUUUCACCA